UGAACAGAACAGAGCUGUCAACGCACAGGGCUAACUGCUCAUUUGUUGUUGGAUAGUGAUGGUGAGAGACUAGGCUAAACUCAUUGGACGUUGCCAUUUUCGUUGGGCAGCUACUCAUUUGCCAAAAGACUUUCGAAUAGAAUAGAAUAGAAUAGAAUAGAAAGUGGUAGUCUAGAUUUUUAAACCAACACUAUAUAGCCUACUGUAAUUAAGAGUCUCGACAAAUUUGUAUACAAAGUUUUAGAACCAAAGCUGCUUUGCAACGGGUUGGAUGACGACGACCAAAGUUGUCAAAGUCUGUGAGGCCAUGGAGAGCCGUGGGCCGAACCCCCUGGACCACCUUCCACCACCCGCGAGUUCCAACAAGCCAUUAACCCCCUUCAGCAUCGCAGACAUCCUCAGCAGACCGACUGUCAAGCGAACUCACAAGAUUCCCCGGCUUCCAGCAUCAGAGAGAGCCCGGCAGAGCAUCACUAGAUCACGGCAGACUCUCUUCACUCAAGCAUCGCCUCUGUGUGCUCUUCAGGAACUGGCCAGCAAAACGUUCAAAGGGCUCGAAUUAGGUGUACUCCAAGCAGCAGAAGGAAGGGAUGGGCUGACUCUGUUUGGUCAAAGGGACAGUCCCAAAAAGCGCCGAAAAUCUAGAACGGCCUUCACAAACCACCAGUUAUAUGAACUAGAGAAAAGGUUUCACCAUCAGAAAUACCUGUCACCUGCCGACAGAGACCAGAUUGCCCAUCAGCUGGGGCUGACAAACGCGCAGGUCAUAACCUGGUUCCAGAACCGACGGGCCAAACUAAAGCGAGAUCUGGAGGAGCUGAAAGCGGACGUGGAGUCAGUCAGGUCCACAGGUGCAGUGCCUCUGGAUAAAAUCGCUAAACUGGCCGAUCUGGAGAGGUGUGCGGUUGGAGCCACGGGGCAUCCUGGGUCUGAGUGCUCGCCACGGCUGGGUCACGAGUACAAGAGCGCGCACAAAUUAUGUCUGUCCCCCAUGUCGUCUCUCUCAGACCACACAAGUCAAGACUACUCCGAGGACGAGGAUGUGGAAAUAGACGUCGAUGUCUGAUACAGCUAAACCACUGCAUAUUGAUUUGAACUUUUGUAAAUUUAUAUUUUAAGAGACACACGCAUGCACAUAGUAAUGUUUUUCUGAUAAUGAAUUAGUUUAAUUUAUAGCCAGACUAUGCAAUUUUAACUCCUAUAGGCUAUUUGUUCAAUACAUUGAAUGAACUAGCAGCUGACGUUUUUAUAUGUAAGAUAUUGUAUGUAAUGUAAUGGCUUUAAUUGGUGUAAUAAGAGAAUAUGUCACAAUCCAGGGCAAAUCAGGCAAUACAACUUAAUUACAAAAUAUAUAUAUAUUUUUACAAAUAAUUAUGUUUAUUGCGUAUGCUAUUAUGCUUAAUACGCAAUAGACAGUGACUGCUUUGUUGUAAAGUUUUUGUACAAUUCACUUGCAAUAUAGUGCCUUUCAAAGUUAGGCCAUUGUACCAC